AUGAAUAAAACAGAUAAUAUAUUUAUUAUACAACAAAAACUCCAGCAACAAAAAAAAGCUGAAGAAAAGUCAAAUUUAAUUUUGAAUAUAAAUAAAAAUAAAAAAAACCAAUGUGAUGAAAAUGUUUCAUUUUCAGCAUCAACUUCAUCACCCGCACCCUCAUCACCAUUACCAAGGACAUUUAAUAAAAAUACCUCCCCUACCUCAGCAACUCCCAUUUCAACUAUAAAUAAUAAUUUUAAAAAAAAUGUAACCACAUCACCAAUAUCAUCUGUAUCAUCUACAACUAAUAUAACAACACCACCACCUGUAAAAAAAACACCACCACCAGUGCCACCAAGAAAUUUUGUAAAUAGCCCACCAAAUUUAGAUAAACUACCUAAAAAUCCACCACCACCAGUACCACCAAAACCAAUAAACUACAUGAAAAAAAAUAAUAUUGAAAAUAACAACACCAACAAUAAUGAUAUUAAUAAUAUUUAUAACAAUAGUAAUAAUAAUAUACCCGAGAUUAAAGAUAUUGAAAAUGAAUAUAAAAAACUUUCCAUCGAAAUACCAGAUAAUAAUGAUAAUAAUAUAGAUUUAAUAAAUACACCAACUCAAAAGGAAGCUGAUGAUGAUAUGCAUACUAUUAAAACAGCUUUUAAUAGUAAUACCCCAAAUACACCAACUCCUAUUAGCAUUGAUACUAGUGUCGAAAUUACCGACAUUAAUAUCCAUCCACAGGUUGUUACACCCCCACCAUAUCUAUCACCAAUAGAUUCUCCUCAAUGUAAUAGUACAGAAUAUUUUUCACCUCAAUUCAAUAGUCCAACAUUAUAUAGUCCAGCAUUAUAUAGUCCACUUAACGAAUGGUCAACCCCUUCAGGUGAAUCUCCAGAAUAUAAAAGCCCCACAAUCAACAUAAUAUUACCACCAACACCUAACGAUAUUCCACAAAUAACUGGUGAAUCAACAUCACUAUCCACAUCGGUCGAGAUAAAACUAUCCAAUUCAAAACCACCACGAGAUCCAAAUAGUUCACCAGUUUUGGUUAAGAGAUCUGUUUCUAUUAUGGAGAACCUUAGUCAAAAGUCAUUACUUUCACCAUCAACCGCUCUUAACCUUAUGCCUAGAAAAUUAAACACAUCUGGUGAACGUUCAUCUGGAAGUAUUGCCCCUCCACCCUCUCCAACCUCAUCAAAAACUGGACAUCAUCAAAGCUUAAGUACAUCACUCGGACUAGAUUAUCAAGAAGGAAAACCUCAAAGAGUUUUAACAAGAAGAGUUGCAUCAUCAAAUCUUUUAAAAGAAGAUGCAGCAAAUGAAAACUCGACCAAUUCCAAAACAUUUAUAAUGAGCAGCAGUACAUAUAACCUUAGAAGUGAUGGAAUUGAAGAUGAUGAAGAAAACUCUCCUCCACCAACACCAAGUAAACAUCAAAGAGCCCAUAGUUUGAAUAAUGAAUCUUAUUCAUCAGCCACUAUAUCAUUUAAUUUAAGGGAUAGCUUUGAAAAAAUCAUUCCUGGUUCAAGUAAGAGUGAAAUUAAAGGAAUUUUAAUUGAAAAACUUGAUAUCCAGCAUUGCAAAAUUCAACAAAAAGAACCAAGAAAGCUAAAACUACCAGCUAUUGACUCGACAACUAGACUUAACAAGAGAAUAGCAGAAAUGAUUGAAACCGAAGCAGACUAUAUAGAUGACUUGGAAACAACAUUAAAUCUUUAUUUAUUUGCUUUCACCGAAAUGGAGAAGUUAAAAAUUAUUACCCAUAAUGAUAUCAAAUCAAUAUUUUCAAAUAUAGAAGAGCUUUAUCACGUUUCCUUAAAACUUUACCCAAUGCUACUUAAAACAAUUCCAUUAUUAGAACAAAAACAAUAUCCAAAUAUUGAAGAAAUAUUUUUAAAUAAUUUUAAAGCUUUUCAAAGAUAUGGUCCAUAUUUAUCCUCAUAUGAGCAAUCAAACAAAUUUUUAGAAAACCUUAUUGAAAAAAACGAAAUUGUAAAAUUCAUUAUUGACCAUAUUAAAAACAAAUUACCAUUAUCAAAACUAUUAGAUUUACAUGCCUAUCAAAUUAAACCAUGUCAAAGACUUUGUAAAUAUCCAUUACUUUUGAAAGAUGCCAAAUCAGCAGUACCAGAAAGUGAAGAACUCCAUCACAAAACAUUUGAAAGAGCAGUCAAAUUAAUGGAAAAAAUUGUAAAUGAUAUCAAUGGUAAAAUCAGUAAUGACGAAAAAAUUCAAUUAAUAGUUAAAGAAAUUGGUAAAGAAAUUGAAACUUUAAUUCACCAUCAAACCUUUUUAAAGGAGAGUAAAGUUAAAAAACUUAAAAAGAAAAAUACAGUCAAGGAAAUUCAAAUAUUUAUAUUAGAUCAAAAUAUAAUUCUUUAUGAAAAAGGGACAUUUAAAAAGAAACAUAAAGUUAUUUCAUUUAGUAAAAUUUCAAGAGUUUGCGAUCAUGAAAGUAAAACCCCAAACAGCUUUGGAGUUUAUUAUACAAAAGAUGGUAGCCCCACUAAAACACUUUCAAUACAAACGGACACUAACAAAGAAAAAACAGAUCUAAUGAAUUUAAUAGAUGAAACUCUUCAAAGCUAUAAAUAUAUUAAUGGUGAUAACAAUAACUUUUUGUAUAUAACUAAUAAUAACAACAAUCCAAAUUUAAGUAGAAAUAAUUUCAAUACAAUCAGACAAAAAAACAAUGAUAAAGAUGGUUUUGUUUUCUUUUAA